CUUCUGUGCUAGACAGAUGGGAGCCAUGGCUUACUCUUUACUCUUCUGCCUCCUACUCGCUCAUCUGGGAUUGGGAGAGGUUGGUGCCAGCCUCGACCCUCCGGGACGGCUGGAUUCCCCUCGAGAGAGGACCCCGAGGGGGAAGCAGCACGGUCAGCAUCUGCCGCGAGACUCUGCCCCGGACCCCUCUAUUCCCUGGAGCCGCUCCACCGACGGCACCAUCUUGGCACAAAAACUAGCCGAGGAGGUGCCUAUGGACGUGGCCUCUUACCUCUACACUGGGGACUUCCACCAGCUGAAGAGAGCCAACUGCUCAGGCCGCUACGAGUUGGCGGGCCUUCCAGGGAAGUCACCGUCCCUAGCCAGCUCCCAUCCUUCCUUGCACGGGGCGCUGGACACUCUGACACACGCCACCAACUUCCUCAACAUGAUGUUGCAGAGCAAUAAGUCUCGGGAGCAGACUGUGCAGGAUGACCUGCAGUGGUACCAGGCUCUGGUGCGAAGUCUCCUGGAGGGUGAGCCUAGCAUCUCCCGGGCGGCCAUCACCUUCAGCACCGAGUCGCUGUCCACGCCCGCCCCGCAGGUCUUCCUCCAGGCCACCCGCGAGGAGAGUCACAUCCUGCUGCAGGACCUGUCCUCCUCCGCUCACCACCUGGCCAACGCCACUCUAGAUACCGAGUGGUUCCAUGGGCUUCGGCGAAAGUGGAGGCCCCACUUGCACCGCCGUGGCUCCAAUCAGGGGCUACGGGGCCUGGGCCACAGCUGGCGGCGCAGGGAUGGGCUUGGAGGGGACAGGAGUCACGUCAAGUGGUCUCCACCUUAUCUGGAGUGCGAGAAUGGGAGUUACAAGCCCGGGUGGCUGGUUACGCUCUCUGCUGCCUUCUACGGGCUUCAACCUAACCUGGUCCCAGAAUUCAGGGGUGUGAUGAAAGUUGAUAUAAGCCUUCAGAAAGUGGACAUUGACCAAUGCUCGAGUGAUGGCUGGUUUUCAGGAACUCACAAAUGUCACCUUAACAACUCAGAGGUGUCUACUGCUUCCAAAUUACUUUGUAUUCCAAAGGCCAGCUCAAGUGAAUCUUUUGAAGACUUCCAAGUUGCCUAUGGCUCAUGGAAAGCUCCUAGUGAAACAGAUAAAGUUUCCAGUGCCAGUCACAGACAGUGCAUGAUACAAAAUGGGCGGUCAGUAAACUGGUUGUUUAAUGGAAGUUUGAAAUUGUGUAUCUUUCACCUCCAACCCCCUAUCCCUGAGUAUGCAGAUGAAGUAUCUUUCAAUACCCUUGUUCUGUCCAAUUGUACAUGGCCACACAAACCUUGCCCAAGAGACUCUGCUCACCUCCCCAAAGGCAUAAUUAUCCCCUCCAGAAUAAACUGCAUCAGUUCUCCAAGCCUUUUCCGAGUGUGUUCUUUGCCUGUGCAGUCAUCGAUGGCCAAGGCCCUGCAUUGCACCCAUCCACCCCACAGCGACACCUCUACUGAAACAAAUCCAAAUUCAGCAUUACCAACGGCUCCCUUUACAAGCGCUGUCAGUUCUCUGCUUCCUGUUGCAGUUAGGAGAAUUGAGACACUUCCUGUUUGCUGCUUUCUGGACCUCCCAUGUCCUUCGAGACCGGGUCCUGACAGUUCCUGCACUUUGACGUCUUUCGUUGCACACGCUCACGCUCUGCACACUUGCAUGGCUCUCUUUUAG